UUUAUGUUACGUCUUUAAAGCUACCUAAAUAAAUAACAUUUGCAUUUUGCACAUCCUUACAAUAAUAUUUCAGACCAAACUCAAGAAGAUGCACAUCUAAUCUAAUCAGUAAUCACCGGUAACCUUUAAAUAAAAGUUACGAAAAUGAGCGAGACCUCUUGUUAUAUAUUGGACAACGGAGCCUAUACGGCUAAAGUUGGCUUCUCCAAUUCCAAAUCCAGGAUAAUACCUAAUUGCAUUAUGAAGGCGAAAUCUGAGAGACGUCGCCCUUUCAUUGGGUCUCAGCUUGACGAGUGUCGUGACGCUUCGGGAUUGUUCUACAUCUUGCCCUUCCAGAAAGGAUUUCUAGUCAAUUGGGACACUCAAAAAACCGUCUGGGACUUCAUAUUCAGCAAAGAAUGCUGCCCAGUCAACUUCAAUGACACCCCACUGAUCAUAACCGAGCCCCUUUUUAACUUUGCCUCAAUACAAGAGGCGAUGACGGAAAUAUUCUUCGAAGAAUACGAAUGCCAGUCGUUGUUACGGAUAAAUGCUACAGAUUUGGCGGAAUACAAUUAUCGUAGGACUCAUAAAAAUGACUGCACAGUUGUAGUUGACUCCGGUUAUAGUUUUACUUACAUAGUUCCGUACAUAAAUGGCAAAAAAUAUAAAGACGCGAUUAUAAGGAUUGAUGUUGGCGGGAAAGUGCUUACGAAUCAUUUGAAAGAGAUCCUGUCGUAUCGGCAAUUGAACGUUAUGGAUGAAACCUAUGUCAUUAAUCAAGUCAAAGAAGACUCCUGUUUUGUGUCCAAAGACUUUUUUGCAGAUAUGGAAAUUGCCAAGAAGAAAGGACCAGAGAAUACAAUUGUAAAAGACUAUGUGCUGCCUGACUAUACAUCCUUGCGUCGAGGUUAUCUACGAGACAUAGUCCCACCAGAAGAGGACCUGGAACAACAGACAUUACGGUUGAACAAUGAGAGGUUUUCCAUUCCGGAACUAUUGUUCCACCCCUCAGACGUUGGCAUCCAACAGAUGGGAAUACCAGAAGCCAUCAUGCACUCGAUAAACUCUUGCCCAGAAGAGCAUACGGAAAGCCUACUGGCAAAUAUAGUUUUAUACGGUGGGAACACAUUAUUCCCUGGUUUCCGUGACAGAGUUUACAACGAUGUGCGUUCUUUAGCCUUAGAUCAUUUUGAUGUGAACAUUGAACUACCAGACAACCCGAUCACAUAUGCUUGGGAAGGUGGAAAAUAUAUAUUUCGUGAUCCAGAAUUUUAUUCGUUUUGUAUGACUAAGGAAGAGUAUGAGGAAGAAGGGAAGCCACUGGCAUUUGAAAGGUUCGAUAUAUAACGAAGAAAGCGAGCAAGGAAGUCUACGGAAUAGGCUCUUGCUCGUUAAACAUUGUGUGAAAAUGAAUGGGUAUUAUGAUUUGGUAAGCCGUGAAAGAAUCUGAUCUUAUGGCUUAAAGGUAACUAGAAAUGAGACAGUUGAUAAAAUGAAAUGUGCUAUGGAGACUUUUAGUUAUUUUGGAUAUAAUAAACUAUCUUCGGUAA